UAACCUUUCAUAAAUAUUAUUUGUUAUGAUUUUUCAAAAUUGCUUAUAAUGGGUAUUAGAGGUUUAGAAACAUAUUUAGAGCGCUCUAAUGCUGCUGCUUGUUACCCUGUUAGGGUUAUUGAUUUAAUUCAUGAAUAUAGGAGUGAUACUAAUUCAACACCAAUUAUUGUUGUUGAUGGAAUGUCAGUAAUGAGAUAUGUUUAUAAAUUCAAAGAUUUAUCCUGGAUAUGUGGCGGACAGUUAAAAGAAUAUGAACAAACUAUUAAAGAUUUUAUUGAUGCUUUUCGUAAUGAAGGCGCAGAACUUGUAUUUUUCUUUGAUGGGCCUCAUGUUUGUUCUAAAAGAGAAACUUGGAUUAAAAGAAGACUUGAUACUUUGGAGAAAGCUCGAAACCUCUUAGAUGAACUUAGCAGUGGAACAAGUAUCAGAACAUUAGAAAAUGGUCAGUUUAGUAUGCUUCCUAGUAAUAUUCGUCUGUUGACUAUGUUGGUGGCCAGGCAUAGUGGUUGUAAGGUUUACAGUUCAAUCAGAGAAUGUGAUUUAGAAAUAGCAGAAUAUGCCUUUCAGAAAAAAUGCAUGGCAAUAUUAGCUCAAGAUACUGACUUUGUAAUAUUUAAAAGUGCCAAAUACUAUUGGUCUAUAAAGAAUUUUAACUUUAGGCACAUGACUACAUAUAAUUAUGAUAGAGAUAAACUGGCUUCUUCCAUUGGUAUAUAUACAACGGAGUUGCCAUUGCUCGCGAGCCUUCUUGGAAACGAUGUAAUUUCUUUUGAGGAUCUCAAACCUUUUCAUAAUCAAUUAUUGUAUAAAAGAGGGGAACAUUAUAAAAAAAAUUGGGUAAAUUUUGGGAAGCUCAUUUUCGAAGUUGCUCAUUUCAUUAAAUUUCACGUCCAUCAUCUUAACAUCAGUCGCCAAACUCUAGAAACAAUUGCUCAUCAAGUUUUUAGAGACAGUUCUAAAUGGCAGUUGUUGGAGCAAAGCAUGUUAUCUUAUGACUAUUCUUCAGAGAUCAAUAGAAGACCUGGUCCACCCACUUCAAAUAAUGAAAAUUGGAAAAAUAUAUUGAGAAAAGCAUUUGAACUUCAUUCUAUUACAGUUAUUUCUUCUACUGUUUAUGGAAUUAUUGCCCAAAAUAUUUACAGUUGUGCGACUUGCCUUGAAGAUUAUAGGCUAAAUGAUUUACCAGCUUCACAGACCGUAUUCAAACCACUACGUGAAAAACUGUAUGGUAUUCUUCUAUCUGAAAAUCCUGAACCUUGUAAAAUUGAAGAAUGGGUAAUGUGUGGUCCCAAUAGCUUAGAUGCAGCUGCCUACAUUGAACCUAAGAAAGUAGAAGUUGAAAACCCUGGGCUGCUGUCUCUUUGGAGAGGUAACACGACAGCACAGUGGUCAAUUAUUGAAGAGAUAUUUAAUGUAGAUUCACUUAAAGUGAGAUCUCUGCCCACCCACCUUAUUAUACCUGCUUUGGCUCUAAGGUAUCUGUAUAACAACAUAAAAUUCUUAGCAUGGGAACUAUGUGCUCUUGUUUCUUCUGCUAUUUUGGUUCAGUUCUAUGAAGUACACCAACUAACAAGGCUCUCGUUGUCAGAAACAAUGAAAGAUACGAGACCAUUAAGAUUAUAUACUUUAGUAACCAGGUUAUAUUCAACAGUUAUAUUCAUAUUUGAUGGUAUUGGAUCACCAUUAUCUACUCAAAUGAUUUCUCCUUCAAAUUACCAAGAUGGAAAACUAUUUCAUUCAAAAUAUUGGCAGGCAUCACAAACUAGUGAUAUAUCUGAAAUUUGUGAAAGAAAGAAAGACGCUGUUACAUUUUAUGAAAGGAUGAUGAACUUCAUUACUGAAAACAAUCAACCAGCCUCUUGAAAUCUGACUUGAAAAACCAGCCUCCUGGGAUCUAACAAUAACAUAGUUCUGCCGGGUUAUUUUCACAUGUAUGUGCUAUGUAUUUUGUUUAAUAGAAUAUCUAUUUUUUUAAAUAAAAUCAUUUUUACUC